AUGUCAGGCAUUCUAUCAUCAAAGACCAUUCUCACCGCGGGUGGCCUGCUCCUUCUCUAUGGCAUUUACCGACUGUUCCAGGUCGGGAAACGCGACCCACGACUACCACCAGGACCACCGACCGUGCCGAUUCUUGGAAAUAUGCUUGAGAUUCCCUCCACAGGCCUAGGCAAAAAGUUCAUGGAAUGGUCACAACAAUAUGGCAAAAUAUAUUCCCUCAAAGUUGGAUCAGGGACAAUCAUCGUUAUAUGCGAUCGCAAAGCGGUUCACGAAUUAAUCGAUAAGAAAGGCAGCAUCUACUCCGAUAGGCCGCCUAACAUCGUGCCACUCUUCAUCACUCGCGGCAACCAUAUGACAAUGGAAUGCCAGAGUCCUGGAUGGCGUGAAAAGCGAACGGUUGUAACAAGAAACCUUAACCCAAAGUCACUUGAUGAAAAGCAUUUUCGUGUUCAGGAAGCCGAAGCCGUCCUUUUAAUGAAUCGCUUAGCGACAGAACCAAAGAAAUUCUUCCCCUACGCCAGACUGUAUGCGUCCUCGGUUGCGGCUGUCCUGGCUUGGGGAUUCCGCGCCAAGAGCCUCGACUCCUUCUGGUUUAAAGAUGUCUCUGAAAUGAUUGAAGAGUGGCUCGAGGCGAUCGAACCUGGUGCCAACCCGCCAGUGGAUCUGAUUCCCGCUCUGUGGUACCUGCCCGGCAAGUGGAAGAAGCGUGCUUAUCGCAUGCGUGCGAAGAUGGACGCUAUCUGGGGCAAAGGGCGCGAGUUGGUCGAAGAGCGCCGGGCCCGAGGCGACAAGCGUGAAUGCAUGAUCGACAUGAAGCUGGAUGAGUAUAACAAGGGUGGCUGGCCAAUGAGUCAGCAUGGCUUCAACAACCUCUUUGGUGAAUUGAUGGAGGCUGGCGCUGAUACCACUGCGAAUCAGAUCCUCACUUUGAUCCUGGCUUUGGCUAAGAACCCCCAGAUUCAGGCUAAGGCCCGUGAAGAGAUCGAUGCGGUGUGUGGGGUUGAGCGAGCGCCGCUGUUCUCUGACUUUGAGAAGCUGCCUUAUAUUAACGCCAUUAUAAAGGAGGGUCUCCGAUGGCGACCAACAUCUGAUCUUGGUCUUCCCCACACUGUUACAAAAGAUGACUGGUACAAUGGCAUGUUAAUCCCUAAGGGAAGCACCAUUUUUGUUGGUGUAUGGGCCAUGCACCACGAUGAGAAAUACUAUCCGGACCACGAUACCUUCAACCCGGACCGAUUCCUGAAGCACACGAAGCUGGCAAAUGACUACGCAGUCGGACCUGACUACGAGAACCGAGAUAAGUACCAUAUUGAGCAUAAACAUAGAGCGUUCACUAACAGUUUUUCACAUCACUACGGCUACGGCGGUGGACGACGAAUUUGCCCCGGUAUUCACCUGGCUGAGCGUAGCAUGUGGCGUAUCACAGCCAAGUUACUGUGGGCCUUUGAGUUUGAGGAGCCUAUCGACCCUGAAACUGGCAAGGUCAAACCUUUGGAUACCAACGCGUACACUUCCGCCAACUUGGUAUGCCCACUCCCCUUCGAUGUACGAAUCAAGCUGCGCAGUCCAGAGCAUGGCGAGGUGAUUAAGCGGGAGUUGGCGAGCGCAGAGGAAUUCUUGUCUCAGUAUAACUAG